UUUAUUUUGAAAUGCGUUAGACCCGGAAGUUAAAAAAAAGUCCACUGUGUAAUUUCCGGUCAGGAGAGCCGAGUACAGCUGUAAGAUUUGUUCGACGAUGACGUCCACAGAGCCGGACGUCGAGCUUCAAAAGGUGUGUGCUGCAGCAGAGAUGCCGUAUAAAGAGACGUCUCCGGACUCUAAGUGUCCGAUCUGUCUGGACCACUUCAGGAACUUGUCUUACGCGGACAGGUGUUUCCACCGCUUCUGUUUCCGCUGCAUCCUGGAGUGGGGCAAGAACAAAGCCGAGUGUCCCCUGUGUAAGCAGCCCUUCAGCUCCGUGUACCACUCCGUCCGGUCCGAGCAUGACUUCAAAGUGUAUGAGCUGCGUCCGGCCGAGAACGGAUCCUUCGGUAGUGUGCAGGGUCAGAGGUUCCGCUACCGGACCACGCUAACACACAGGCGCCGCUCGACAGCACAGAUGCACAGGAGCUCGCGCCAACAGGAAGUGAUGUGUUUUCGGCGCUGGCUGUAUCGAUGUGAUGUGCGGGUGCAUGGCGUGCGAGACGGAGGUCGUUCUCGCGACAUGUCUGCCGAAUUCUUCCGUAAAAAUCCGGCUUGUCUGCAUCGACUAGUUCCUUGGCUGAAGCGGGAGCUGGCGGUGCUCUACGGCUCACAUGACUCAGUUGCUGAUGUCGUUCUUCACCUGAUAUUAUCUAUGAUCACACGUCAUGAUAUACAAGAUGAGGCCUUCCUGUUGGAACUCCGCCCCUUUCUGUCAUCAAGAACUGAGCACUUCUUGCAUGAAUUCCUGAGUUUCGCAAAGUCACCUUUCAACAUGGAAGCGUAUGAUCGCCACGCUGUUUAUGACUGCCCCGCCCCCUCUCAUGUUUCUGCCGUCUCCGAGGAUGAUGGUGACCUUAGCUCUGCCCCUUCACCCUGGGACGAUGAAACUCCAGGUCCAAGCUAUUCUAGUGCCACGCACAGUGUGUUUACUGUAACCAUUAGUGACUCAGAUGUAGACAGCACAAGUGAAGAAGAAGAAGCAGCAGAGUCUGUAAGCAUUAAUGCUAACAGUAAUGUCACCAACUCUCGAGCAGACGAGGAGGAUUACAGCAGCGAUGGAGACUGUGUCAUCAUAGGCUUCAUCAAACCCAAUGCACAACGGACUCCUGAGCUCAUCCACCUGUCUUCUGAUUCUGAAGCAUCACCGCAAGAAGAUCCAGAACCGCCUCCCCCCAACAAAUCAGACAGGAGAGAUCUGACCAAUCGGAGAAGUAGGAAUAGAUACGACAUUGUCUCCCAUUCUGCUACAAAACACAACUCUACAAGAAGAGACGGGAGCAGGGAUGGGAGCAGGGACAGGAGCAGGGGUGGGGGCAGGAGCAGGGACAGCAGCAGGGACAGCAGCAGGGACAGGAGAAGAGGUGGGGGCAGGAGCAGGGACAGGAGCAGGGACAGGAGAAGGGGUGGGGGCAGGAGCAGGGACAGGAGAAGGGGUGAGGGCAGGAGCAGGGACAGGGAGAGGAGCUGGGGCGAGAAAAGGGACGGGAGCAGGGACUGGGGUAGGAGCAGGGACUGGAGAAGGGGUGGGGGCAGGGACUGGAGCAGGGGAGGAAACAGGAGCGGGGACAGGAGGAGGGACGGUAAUUAUUUCAAAUGCAGCUACAGGUGGCGCUCUCCCUCACUCAGCUAUAAGGACAAAAGUAAAAGAAGGAAAGCAAGCAAUCACAGCUCUCCAUUUGACACAGUCCGACACAGGCACAGCAGACACACGAACACACACUACAGACGAGACAUGCCACAGCGAUCACGUGCACGCUCACCAUCUAGGACUCAUUCGCGCUCAAGUUCUAGAACUCGUCUGCUCUCAAGGUCUAGUGCUCAUUCACGCUCGAGAUCCAGGACUCGUGUACCCUCCUACACAGGAAGUUGGACAAGACAAGCUUCUCCACAGAGCAGGAAACACUCUAAGUGCCUCUCUGUAAGCCCCUCCCCUUCUUCACACAGGAGUUCAAGCCACAGCAAACCGAACAGAAAGCAGAAGCAUAAAUCUCUUCAUCGAAUGAGGAGGAGCAAAGACAAGCAUCAUGUUAAAAAGAAAAAGAAGGAGAAGAAGAAGAGGAGGAGGAGGAGCUUAAGCACGGAGGUCAGUGCUGAGCGUAGGAAACAUCAUAAGAAGAAGAAAAAACACAAGACAGCGAGGAAGUACAGGAGUGAGAGGACGGGGCAGAGCUCAGAGGGGAGAUCACCCACUGUCAUAAACAUCAUAAACAUUAGCACUGAAACACAGUCUGAGGAGCCGCCGAGUUCCUCCUGUGGGACACCAUCUCAAAACACAGCUUCAAACUCUGCAUCUGAUGAAACUCCCCUGAACGAUUCAGCAACACUCCGUCGUUCCAGUUGAAAGCAUCUCUGACAAAUUUGGUUCAUAAAAUCUUAAAACUCAUAAAAAAUACUCUGUGAUGUGACGAUUCAGAUGAAAGAGUUCCGUCAUUUUAGAAGAUUGUUAAUUAUACUAAUGACAUCAUGUAUUUCCGGUUGUUGCCAUGGAGACGGGACAGACGUCCGUCCGGUCUUCGCCCCAUAACCACACUGUGGCUCACACAGUGCUCCUGAAAUCAAUUUUUAAAAGUCAGAUGAAUUAAUGCUUAUUUUUCAGACUGCCUGUAAAUAUUAAAGAUCAUUCGAAAUGUU